GUGAACCCUGACCCUGAUCUGGAUCCUAAUCCUGACCCCAAUCCCGGCCAGGAACUGGGAUGGACUGGGGGGAACUGGGAUGGACUGGGAAUGGAGAUUUGGGUAACUGGGAUGAACUGGGAGGGACUGGGAUGGACUGGGAUGGAGGAUCCCAUGGAAAUUCGGGAUCUUAUGGAGGAGACUCUGGAUCCUACGGGAAUUCGGGAUCCUAUGGAGGAUCAGGAUCCUCUGAGAAUUCGGGAUCCUAUGGGGGAGGCUCUGGAUCCUAUGGAAAUUCGGGAUCUUACGGGGGAUCGGGAUCCUCUGGGAAUUUGGGAUCCUAUGGAAAUUCGGGAUCCUACGGGGGAGACUCUGGGUCCUCUGGGAAUUCGGGAUCCUACGGGGAAUCGGGAUCCUCCGGCACCUCGGGAUCCUACGGAAAUUCGGGAUCCUAUGGAAAUCCGGGAUCCUAUGGGGGAUCCAGCUCAGGAUCCUACGGAUCCGGAUCAGGCCGGCCUGGAUCCCAAGGGGGAAUUGGAUCGGGAUCAGGCAGACCCGGAUCUGGAUCUGGAUCAGGAUCGGGAUCAGGCAGACCUGGAUCUGGAUCGGGAUCUGGAUCAGGCAGACCCGGAUCUGGAUCAGGAUCAGGAUCGGGAUCAGGCAGACCCGGAUCUGGAUCUGGAUCAGGAUCUGGAUCAGGAUCUGGAUCAGGAUCGGGAUCGGGAUCAGGCAGACCGGGAUCCCAAGGGGGAGGCGGAUCCGGCUCCUACGGGGGAUCCUCGGGAUCCUACGGGGACGAUGAUGCGGGAUCCUACGGAAAUUCGGGAUCCUACGGAGGGGAUACGGGAUCCUACGGGGGCGGAUCGGGAUCCUACGGAAAACCAGGAUCCUAUGGAAAACCGGGAUCUUACGGAAAUUCGGGAUCUUAUGGAGGAAAGCCGGGAUCCUAUGGAAAUCCGGGAUCCUAUGGGGGAGGAUCAGGAUCUUAUGGAAAACCUGGAUCCUAUGGGGGUGGAUCAGGAUCCUAUGGAAAACCAGGAUCCUAUGGAGGAGGAUCAGGAUCUUAUGGAAAACCGGGAUCCUAUGGAAAUUCGGGAUCCUAUGGGGGAGGAUCAGGGUCGUAUGGAAAACCUGGAUCCUAUGGGGGAUCGGGAUCCUAUGGAAAACCUGGAUCCUAUGGAGGGGGAUCGGGAUCCUACGGAGGAGGAUCGGGAUCCUAUGGAAAACCUGGAUCUUAUGGGGGAGGAUCGGGAUCUUAUGGGGGAGGAUCGGGAUCCUAUGGGGGAUCAGGAUCCUAUGGAAAACCUGGAUCCUAUGGGGGGAUCCUAUGGGGGGUCGGGAUUCUCCGGGGGGGAUUUGGGAUCCUCCGGGGGAUCCCGGCAGCGCCCCGGCUACAAAAACCCCGGGAUCCCCUUUGUGCCGGGGCUGCUGCACCCGGCCCGAACCGGGGGGAGCUUCCCAAUCCGCCGGGGACCGGGAUCCGGACCGGGAUCCGGAACACAGGGAUCCGGACUGGGAUCCAGACUGGGAUCGGCCUCGGGAUCUGGUCUGGGAUCCAGGCUGGGAUCAUCACAGGGAUCCGGAUUGGGACCUGGAGUGGGAUCCGGCUCGGGAUCCGGCUCCGGAUCCGGAUUGGGACCUGGAGUGGGAUCCGGCUCGGGAUCCGGCUCCGGAUCCGGAUUGGGACCUGGAGUGGGAUCCGGUUCGGGAUCCGGCUCCGGAUCCGGAUUGGGACCUGGAGUGGGAUCCGGUUCGGGAUCCGGCUCAGGAUCUUCCCAGGGAUCCUCCCAGGGAUCCGGGCCCGGAACCGAUCCGGGAUCCAGCUCCAGGGACGGGGACGGCUGCGGGGGGUGCCGGAAGAUCCUGGAGGAUCCUGGGGGAUCCCAGAAGAUCCUGGAAGAUUCUGGAGGAUUCCAGAGGAUUUUGGAAGGUUCUGGAGGAUUCCAGAGGAUCCCGAAGGGUCCCAGAGGAUUCCAGAAGAUCCUGGAGGAUCCCGGAGGAUUCCAGAAGAUCCUGGAGGGUUCUGGGGGGUUCCAGAAGAUUCCGGAGGAUCCCAAAUAA